UUGCAUGGCAGGUCCAGUUAAAUGAGGAGCCCAGAUUCUCUCUACCUGGCAUGCAAACCAGCGGAGCAGCAGUUAAAGCACAGGUGUGUCCUCCUCUCUCCAGAGAUAUGGAAAUCAUCCGCUCUCAGAUUGAGUCUCUAGACAGCGAGCCGUGAAGCAGUCUGGAGAUGCCUCGCUCGUUCCUGGUCAAGAGAAAGCAGUCGGUGUGCGCCGGAUGGCAGUGGAAGGAGCCGGAGCCCUGCUUCAGCCCAAACACAGUGUGUGUUCCGGCUCCCAGCGCUGCUCUGGAGUCAGUGUCGGAGCAGUGUCGCUCUCAGGCCGUCCACACACACACACACACACCUGCUCUGGAUUAUGGGAUGGAGAGAGUGCAGCCGUCACACAGUUCUCUCGCUCCUCCUGCGCUGGCCUCGGCUCCGCUCAACAAGGCGCGUGAAUCCAGCGGCUCGUCAGAGUUCCUGUGCUCCGUGUGUCAUAAAGUGUUUCCUCUGCAGCGCAUGCUGACGCGUCACCUCAAGUGCCACAGUAUGAUCAAGAGACACCCCUGCAGGUUCUGCGGGAAGGGCUUCAACGACACCUUCGACCUGAAGAGACACAUGAGAACACACACCGGUAUCCGUCCGUACCGCUGUGAUCUGUGUGAGAAGGCCUUCACGCAGCGCUGCUCUCUGGAGUCUCACCUGAGGAAGAUCCACGGCGUACGACAGCAGUACGCUUACCGCCAGCGGCGCUCCAAGAUCUUCGUGUGUGAGGACUGUGGCUUCACCUCCAACCGACCGGACGAGUACUUCCUCCACGUCAGACAGCAGCACCCGAGCAGCCCGGCCCUGCGCCGUUAUUACCGUAAACACAUGCUGGAGAGCCCCUCGCAGCACAGCAUCGCCCCCUUCAUGCUGUACCCCGCUGCAGGACUCUACAUGUGAAGCACUACAGUGUGUGCACCACACACCGCAACAAACAUUCACACGAAAACAACUGGGAGAAAGUUACUGUAAAUAUAUGGUAGAAACACUUUAGCUUUAGCUUCAGCUUCAGAUGAUGUUUACAUCUCAGUUUCAGAAUAAUUUACCCUAAAAUGUUUUGGGGUCAAAUGUGAUAUUUUGAAUGCAGUGCUUCAUUUUGAAAGAGAUGUGGGGCGUUUUGCAUUUAGUGUGCAAUUCUUGGAUUUGUUUGUGAAGAACAUUUCUCAAACUGUUACAUUUUGUUUAAGAAUGUUUAGAGAACAUUAAAAAGUAACAUUCCCAUAACGUUUGCAAAAUAUGAAAUGUUCCCUUCACAUUCGC